AGUUACGAGACAUUUUCCAAUAACGAAAUGGGUAAACUCAUAAUGAAACAUGAAGGGCAAUAAAAAAAAAAGAACGUGGUGGGUGCUAAGCUAAAGAUAAUACUAGACUAGUUAACCGUUUGUCAAAUCUUGAGAUGUCUAUGCAUUUCAUUACGCUUGUAAUUUUUACAGCCUCUCUUGCUUUUCUCCUCCAAACUUCUCUCUCCUCCUCUGUCUCCGUCUCCGUCUCUGUGGCGGGAGGGAGAUACGUCGGAUGGAGCUGUCGUGUUUGAUUGUUCAUCUUCAUCAUCGUCUUCAUCUUCAUCUUCAUCUUCAUCUUCUUGUUCUUCCACCAUUAGGGUUGCAGAGAAGGGAAGGUCCUGAGAAGACAGGAACAGUGUGAGAGAGCGCAACAAAAACAAUAAUGGGUUCCAUAGUAAUGGAAUCCGAGGACAUAGCAUCAUAUGCCAACAUAUAUCACCCAAAGGACAAUUUCUCAACCAUUUGCAUGUCUGUGGGUAAGAUUCAUUCGAGAGGCUUCAUAGAAGGCAUAGGUAUGCUGGAAUAUUCAGUCCCUCUCCUCUUGGCGCAGCUCUCUCUUGCUUCUCUUGUCAUUCUCUUCUCUUCCCGCCUUCUCAAGCCUCUCGGCCAACCAAGCAUGGUCCCCCAGAUCUUAGUAAGCUUCUCUUUCUCCAGAGGACACACCCACACCCACACCAACACCCACACAAAUCCUCUUAUUUCUCUCUCUCUCUCUCUCUCUCUCUCUCUAUGUUCUUCUUCUUUGUCUUUAUUUACAAGGCGAGCAAUGACAAUCUUUGCAUUAACAUCGUGUGUGACGUUUGUUUUUUACCAGGGUGGUAUAAUUCUAGGUCCCUCAAUUCUGGGUCGAACAGUUGGAUUUACAGAGCACUUGUUUCCCUUGAAAGGGUUCAUAGUUCUUGAUACCCUAGCAGUGUUUGGGUACAUAUUCUACUUCUUCUUGAUUGGAGUUCAAAUUGAUCCAUGGGUGGUGAAGAAAGUAGAGAGAAAGGACGUUAUUAUUGGCACUUCAACUGUGGCACUGGCUUUGGUACUAAGCAUCUGUUGGUCUUUCCUAACAAUGGAUAAAAUCAGCUUAGAGCAAGAGAUAGCCACCUCACUUCCCGCCGUAGCAACCUCAGAGUCUGUCCUCUCCUUCCCAAUGAUUGCUCAGUACCUCACUGAACUCAAGAUGGCAAAUUCUGAGUUUGGCCGAUUGGCACUGUCGUGUUCCAUAGCCAGUAACCUGUUCAGUUUUUGCGUGAUAACAUUGACCAUUCUCACGAAUCAACAAGGGGAGAAGUUCAUGAUGUUGAAGACGCUCUCUGCCGGUGUUGCCAUGACAUUGGUCAUUUUUGUGGUAAUUCGCCCUGCAAUUAUGUGGAUGCUAAGGCGCCAACCAGAGGGUGAGUCACUGAGGGAGGAGUUCAUUUAUAUCGUAUUUUUGGGAGUCUUGGCGAUUACGUUUGCCAGUCAAGCCACUGGUCUCAACAUUCUCUACGGACCUCUUAUUUAUGGGUUGGCACUACCUGCUGGACCACCGUUGGGAUCAGCUCUAGUAGAAAAGCUUGAUCUCAUCAACUCCUGGUUGUUUAUGCCGCUCUACUUUGUCAAAAAUGGGUUGGUCACAGAUAUAUUUUCAGUUGACUUAAAAAACUACCUGGUUGUGCAAUUCAUCAUUGUCGUUGCCUGGACCGGGAAGUUCCUAGGAGCCCUUAUAUCUGCCCUUUACUGUAAUAUACCCACUAAGGAUGCUGUCUCACUUGGCCUUAUCAUGAAUGUCCAGGGUGUUCUUGAGCUCGGCAUGUAUAAGAUGAUGAAGCAAGCCAAAGCAAUAGGCCCUGAACCAUUCGCGGUGAUGUGCACAUCGAUGUUGAUUUUACUAGCAACGAUGACACCCAUGCUAAGAUAUCUCUACGAUCCAUCAAGGAGGUAUGCAGUCUACAACAAGAGGACUAUCAUGAACUCGAGACUCAACUCAGAGCUCCGAGUGCUAGCAUGCGUAUACCAUGAAGACGACGUUCCCACCACCAUCAGCCUUCUUGAAGCUAUUAGUCCCACUAUACGAAGCCCCAUUAGCGUCUACACCGUCCAUCUCAUCGAGCUUGUUGGCCGUACUGUCCCCCUCCUAAUCCCCCACAAACUCUCCAGAAAGCAUUCUUCCAAGGCCCCCACCUCAAAAAGCAUUGUCAAUGCCUUCAGAUACUUUGAGCAAAGUUACCAUGGCGUCAUCACAGUGCACCCCUUUACUGUAAUAUCUCCUUAUGCAACAAUGCAUGAUGAAAUCUGUGCAAUGGCAGUUGACAAAAAGGUCUCCCUGAUAAUAGUUCCCUUCCACAUAAGGCUCACUGCCACAGAUGCAUGGGAGACAUUCAAUAAAGGCAUCAAGAUAAUGAAUGAGAAUACCCUUAAUAUGGCACCUUGCUCUGUUGCAAUUAUUGUUGACCGUGGGCUCAUUAGCAACUCAAGGCCCACAUUAGUAACCUGGUCUUCUUAUCGCGUUGCUGUUCUCUUCUUGGGCGGACCAGAUGACAGGGAGGCCUUGGCUUUAGGGGUACGGAUGGCUAGACAACCAAACAUUAAUCUAACAAUGGUCCGGCUCCUCGGGGAUGGGAACAUUACCAGUGAAAAAACCAAAGAAAGCGAGCUGGAUAAUGAAGUGGUGAGUGAUUUUAGACUCAAUAUGGCUGGUAAUUAUCGGGUCAUGUACAUAGAAGAGGUGGCAAAGGAUGGUACAGGUACGAUUGCUGUGAUGCAAUCCAUGGAAAAAAAUUAUGAACUUAUCAUUGUGGGAAGACACCAUGACCAGCAGUCGCCACUCAUAAUAAAUCUUACGGGUUGGAGUGAGGAGACGGAAUUGGGAGCAAUAGGAGAUGUGCUGGCUUCGGCAGAUUUCCAAGGCAACACCAGCAUCUUGGUGGUGCAACAGCACACUAUUGUGGGCAAUAAAUCACGUCAGAAUGCAAAAGACUUUAGUUUAAAGAUGGCACAAGAAAUAGAGGAAGAAUCAGAGCAUCUUCCAAUCCACAGAGAAACUGUAUAAUGUUCAGUCAGAAGAGCCAAAUGUGAGACAAGUGUUUGGUAGAUGGUAGCUGUUUUGAAUAUUUAUAUACAUUAGGCACACUUUCUGUACACUCAUUUAGAAAGAAAUUCCAAGUUUUUGAUCAGAAAUUUCCAGGACCAUUAUUAUCCGCACAAUUGCAGGCCUAAGUCUCUUCUUUUAAGGUAAAGUCAAAGCCACCAAAGCAAUUGCUUUAAUUGUCUAUCAAAUGCCUUGAUUCAGUCAAAUUCAGCAAAAGAAAAUGAAUUUGCAACCACACUCAAGAGUUAUCAUAAUGCCGCAACCUCUUUUAUGCAUAUAGAUUGCUUUGGAACACAUAAUUGAUUUAGUAAUAUUUGACUAGUGAAUGCAGUGAAGGUCAAGAGUCAAUUCAUAAUGAUAGAAGUGGAUUAUUUCCGAAAGGACACAUCCAUGGUCUGAACUUUGUCACAAAGGGGGAGGAACAUUAGGCUUCCCAUAAGCAUCUAGGAGUAGCUUUAUGCUCUCAGAGAUGGCCUGAAGUUUACUUUGGAUAACAGGAAUCCAACAUAUUAGCCCCACCUUAACAGAAGAACAGCAUUAGCUAAUAUUCUGGCUAGAGGAGGAUGCUCUUCAGAUGCUAAUUUCUUAUUUUCUAUGGUAUGCCAUCAUGCAUUAGGGAACAGCUUAUAGGUGAUGCUAAAGAGCCAAUAAGGAAAAGAAACAAGCAAAAUAAAGAAAAAUGCAAUUGAUAGAAGGGGAUUAAGUCAUAAGGAAUAGAUUAAACACCCUACACCUAUUACAAGGUGCUGCUACAAGUCAAAUAGAAACUUUAUUACAAGCAAUAAUGUGGGUGUUUGAGAAGUGGGUUUUUUUUUGUAAUUUUUUUAGUUGUAGGAUAUUAUUAGA